GUCUCACUCCGUCAUGUUUACUGCCGCCGUGUAACACUAGUGUACUGUGUGUGCCGUGUAUCUAUCUAUACGUUGUGGUUGACGCUCAUUUAUUUCAACAUGGAGUCUGUGGAGGCCAGCAGCGAGGAGAAGACGGCCUCGCUGUCGGCGGCGCAGAGGAGAGCAGAGAUCCGGAGGAGAAAGCUGCUGAUGAACUCAGAGGACAGGAUGCACAGGAUCGUGGGCUUCACCAAAAACGAGGCUGAAAACAACGCAGGAGCGUCUCGGCAUCCGACAGAACCCCGCUUCCACCUUGAUCUUGACAGGUCAGAGCCGUGGUCGACAUCCUCAUCUUCCCCGAGACCAUCUCCCUUCCUGUCGGAGGCUUCAGGGUUUGGCAGCCGCUCUCGCAGCGCCACCCCAGAGAGGAGGGGCUCACCACUGCCAGACUUGAGUGAACCGCUCGGCAGUACUCUGGAGGAUGACAUCGGAGGGCUCCGACAAAGACCGAGGGGGGAGCGGGUGUCAGAUGACCUCAGCGGCUCCCCACACCGAGGCAUCCAGAAGUACCUGUCCCGUUUUGACGACGCCAUGAAACUGCGAGGUCAGCUGGCUAAUGAGAAGCCAGGCCAGGACGGAGAGUCUGACUCAGAGGAGUUUGAUGCAUUCAUAGUGUUCAGGCUCAUCGGCAGCAUCCUCCUCGCUAUCUUCGUCAGGGUUUUUGUCUGCAAGUAUCUGUCAAUAUUUGCUCCAUUUCUGACUCUUGAAAUGGCCUACAUGGGGUUGUCCAAAUACUUUCCAAAGGUAGAGAAGAAGACCAAGACCACUGUGCUCACUGCCGCCCUGUUGCUCUCCGGCAUCCCUGCUGAGGUCAUAAACCGCUCCAUGGACACCUACAGGAGGAUGGGCGACGUGUUCGCCGACCUCUGCAUUUACUUCUUCACCUUCAUCCUCUCUCAUGAGAUCCUGCUGCUCAUUGGUUCAGAGACUCCCUGAUAGACAAGCAGGACCUAAGCAACCCCAUACUUAUCCUUGUUGCGCCCCCCCCCCCCCCCCGCCUCCCAACACAACAAGGCAUGUUCAUCAACGUCAGCUGACGUGGGUUUGUUUAUGACAGUCUGGAAAUGAGUCCUUGCUGCAUUCAUGGUCUGGUUCGCGCGUUAGCAGGUCUUGUGCUCAUUAUUUCAGUGCUUCAGGAUUUUUCGAAAGCUUCAUGUGACCAGAGAGUCCAGUGUUUGUUACGGAUCUCCAUUUUACUUUUAAUCUGGGCAGAAGCGGAGAAACAGAAUAACAGUAUUUGUUGUGUGUGAAGAAUGUACAUUGGCAUUUUUCGUGCUGAGAGAUAUGUUUUCUUUCAUCGGGUCUAGCACAGAUUUGACGUUAUAGUGAGCAGACACAGAUUCAGUCUGAUUUAUAAUCUGGAAACACUGGAACUCCUCGAGGGCUGGGCGCUGUUUCUGAACUUUCAGUUUCAUGUUAUUGAUAAAAAAAAUACCAAUAUUGAUGCAUAUUACGAUAUGGCAAAUGAGAUCCAAGUCCGAAACUUAAGUCUACAAAUGAGAGCAAAUAUAGUUUUGAUCAUAUAGAAAACAAUCAAAAUCAGUUGGAUCAUUAAUUAUGAAACUCAACUGUGGCCUCUAUGGAAAUUGUGGGAUAAACUUACUCACUAAAACCUGCCGUAUAGAAAUAUGUUAUCUAAAGUUUGCUAGCAUUAGCUGCCUCAGCUAGUGUCUGUCUCUUUUGCGGGGGUUCUGCUGUGAAACCAAAUCUGACAGUACAAUUAAAAACUGCUGAAGAAAUUUGGAGGUAGUCUAUCUCCUUACUAUUAAACAACACUAUGAAUGCCUUUUUGUCAUUUUAGUCAGUCCUGCAGGACGUCAGGCAGGCAGAGUUGGGGGUCAUUGCAUUUUUUUUCAUUUUCUUGCAUCUAAACUUAGCCAGUUUAUGAUUUCAGUCAAUAAUACAGCUGAAUUGACUGAGGUGUAAAUUUAGUGAUCACAACCUUGGAGUGAAGAGGUUUAUUGAGGUUCUUGAUCCGUUAUGAUUGACAGCUGAUGAUCAAAUUAAGCUGAAGGUUUAAGAUUGAGGAUUAUCAGAACUGACAGUAGCAGGUGGUUCCCUUUCCCUCAUACAUAUUAUCAUUGCCUCUGCUGAUUUGCUAUGUCUGCCCCCCGAGCUGUAGGCUGCAUUGAAGCUUUGCAAUUGAGUCACAAAUGGCAGCUAUCUGACCUCUGGGUGCCAGCAUGGAGAUCCAAGAGCAGGUUUCUUGUUAAAACAAAGGAUUCUUUACAGAAGAGGAUUAGGGCCAUUUGAACAAACUGUAUUAAGAGAUCAGUUUCAAGACACUGAAAAUUAGAUUUCUGGCUUUACUCCCAGGAUUCUGCCUUUUAAAUUAUGAAGUAUUUCCUCUUUUUUGUGAAGUCUGUGUUUAAAUAUGUCACAUAUAGCCCUUUUCUCUGCUAUAAUCCACAGCUGCAUAAGGACCUCCAACACCUUUUUAAAUCUUUCUGUCCAGAACAAGAAAUUCAGGAAGGAAAUGCAGAGACAGCCCAGCAGUCAGCAUUUAUUUAACGCGCUUAUAUUGAUCUAAUUUUAGGAGACACAGCUGUGAGAUCAAUUUAGGUCCAUCAGAAAGUGCUGGCAACUGAAUACAUGAAUAUAACUGAGAUCAACAACUUUGAUUGUAUUAUUAAUAUCUUGAAAUAGCAGUGACACAGAAGGCUAAACAGAGUGAAACCACCCUGGAUAAAUGAAAUAAAUGAGUAUGAAUGGAUUGAGGAUAAAUGACAAACUUUCUUCAAUCACAUCAAACUCGAUGCUCGUUAUUUUGAGGUUAGAAAACGUACGGAACAGUUACACACAUGGCCCUCCAGCCUUAUGGUUAGUUAAGGAAUAAAAAGAUAGUUUGAGUAUUUAAGAACAUUUUUUUGGUAGAUUUGGAGUGCAUCAUCUGAAAAACUGAACUAUUUCAAUAGUGCAACAGAAGUCAGUCACUUCCUGCUGGCUCUAAUUGGUGUCUUUAAAAACUCUCCUUUUAAUCAGUAGAUAUGAAUCACAUGUGUUUGUGUUGUGACAGAUUUCUUCAUAGGCAAUGCUUAAAGUUAUAUUUUCUGUCGUGAUCUGUCAUCAAGUGUUCAGAAAGGGUCCACCUACAUCACGAAUAAGUUUUCCUUUGUUUAAGUCGUGAACUCAGAAGAAGCAUUUCGUCCUUGAAUGUGGAGUGUAUAUUUUGCACGUCUAUGAGCUUGUAAAUGCAGUAAACUUCAUUCAGAUAUGCACGUGUAAUGUGUGAUUGACGGGGAUGUUUUGGGUUUCACUAGAAGGCGCUGUCACUGCAGUUCGGUGUGGUGCAGUGGGAGUCUUAUUUGUUUCGGGUAAUUCUGGUGACAUGUCCCGCUUUGCUUUGUUCAAGCCUCAUACAUACUUUAUAUAUACACUUAUAUAUAUAAUCUAUUUCUGUGCUGUUAUUUUCUCACUCCUCUGUUUUAAUUUCAUCCAAAUUAAUUUAUUAAUGUGAAUAUUUUUUUCUCAUGUAAAUGGAUUGGUGUGAUUUAUCCUAAGACUUGUCUGAAUUACUUGAUUGUUGUUUUUUUUCCGAUAAUGUUUACAGAAUAACUGUUUUUAAUGGUUCUUACCAUAUCUGAUGUAGUUGAACUUAGGUAACAAAUUUAGUGUUGACAUGAUGUAAAGAGUCUGCUUAAAAACAAACACCGGAAUGAAUAACCAGACAAUUCAUACCAAAUAAAUACUACUU